AUGAGUCAAAAAAGUGUGUGCGUUACUUAUUUAUUAUGGCUAUUUUUUGGAUUGUUUGGUAUCCAUAGAUUUUAUCUAAAUCGUCCAUGUAGUGGAGUUUUAUAUCUUUUCACAUGUGGCUGCUUUUUUAUUGGAUGGUUCAUUGAUAUUUGUUUAAUUCCUGGAAUGGUUGAAGAUUAUAAUGCAAAAUAUGACUCAAUGAAUAAAACAACAACAACAGUAACUCAAGUUGUUGUUCAACCAGUUUACCAAGGUUCACCACAACAACAACCAUACGGUGCCCCACCACAACAACCAUACGGUGCUCCACCACAACAACCAUACGGUGCUCCACCACAACAACCAUACGGUGCUCCACCACAACAACCAUACGGUGCUCCACCACCACAACCAUAUGGUGCUCCACCACCAGGCGCAUAUGCUCCACAAGGCAAUUACCCACCACCAUAUGGUCCACAAUAA